GAUGGCCUGACGUCAUGCUAAAGGGGGCGUGUAAAGAUGGCUGCUGUCAUGAUGAAAGUUGGUUCUAGUAAGUUUGCUUCUGUUCGUGUUCAACAGCCCGCUCUGCGUUUAGUUGCCGCCACCGCCGCGCUCAGAGCCGCAAGUCUGUCUGCGACUCAGACACUGCCAGAGAGAGUGAAGAUUGUGGAGGUUGGACCCCGAGAUGGGCUGCAGAAUGAGAAGGCCAUUGUUCCAACUGAAGUGAAGAUCCGUCUGAUUGAUAUGCUCUCUGAGGCGGGACUUCCUGUCAUAGAGGCCACAAGCUUUGUUUCACCUAAGUGGGUCCCGCAGAUGGCCGAUCAGGACGAAGUGAUGCGUGGGCUUCACAAGAAACCUGGUGUGAAUUACCCCGUUUUGACUCCCAAUCUUAAGGGCUUCCAGGCUGCUAUGAAGUCUGGUGCAAAAGAGGUGGCAAUAUUUGGUGCUGCCUCAGAGCUUUUCACCAAGAAGAACAUAAAUUGUUCAAUAGAGGAAAGUCUUGUGCGUUUCGAGGAGGUGAUGACAGCAGCCAGACAAGAGGGAGUUCCUGUCAGAGCCUAUGUGUCAUGUGUACUAGGUUGUCCGUAUGAAGGAAAGGUAUGGCCAAACAAAGUAGCGGAGGUUGCUAAGCGCCUAUACUCUAUGGGAUGUUAUGAGAUUUCACUUGGUGAUACCACUGGUGUGGGAACCCCGGCUGGCAUGACAGAGAUGUUGAAUGUUGUUAAAAAAGAGGUUCCUGUGGAAGCUUUGGCUGUUCACUGUCAUGACACGUAUGGACAAGCACUGGCUAACAUACUUGUAGCAUUACAGAAUGGGGUAAGUGUUGUGGACUCCUCCGUUGCUGGACUGGGUGGCUGCCCUUAUGCAAAAGGGGCUUCUGGGAAUGUUGCAACAGAGGAUUUAGUCUAUAUGCUGAAUGGACUAGGAAUCCAUACUGGAGUGGACCUGCCCAAACUGUUGGAUGCUGGCUCGUACAUCUGUCGCUCACUCAAAAGAAGGACAAAUUCAAAAGUAGCUCAGGCUUCCUGUAAGCUUUGAAACAAGUGAUUUAAGGCAUCAUUGUGCCUGAUAUGAUAAAAGCAACUGUUGCCCCUUAAAAUGAAGUAAAUCAGUUGAUUUAGUACAUGUCUGCAAUAAAAAGUAUAUGUCAGUACAGGACUCAACAGACCUCCUGCUGAACAGUGGCAGCCGGUGACUUCUUUUUCGAGGGCGCUCAAUGCAAAGUUUGUCACAACAUGUAUGUAGCCCAUCGUGUGUGGUUCAUAAUUUCAAAGUAUGUGUUGUUUUGCAUGUCGAGUGAUCCUAUGUUCAUCACAUGUCUUGUCAAAAUAAGUGCCUGCUGCAGACGUGUCUAAAGGGUUUAUGAUAAAAGAGAUGCUCGCGUUUGCCAGAUACUCGCAUAAUCUCAUGCGUAAUCAGAGUUUACUGUUAAGGGAGUGUCUUGCGUUUAUUUUGUGAACGUGAGGAUCUCUUUUAUCAUAAACUGUUUUGACGUGUGUGCAGCAGGCACUUACAGUGAGGAAAAAAGUAUUUGAACACCCUGCUAUUUUGCACGUUCUCCAGGGCUCGCAAAAUUUCAAAAUUCCUGGUAGCCCUUUGGGCAGGCACUCUUCAGUUUUUGGUAGCCCGAAUAAAAAAAAUACAUUACUGUUAAUGUAGAAUAUUGAGACAAAACAUCUAUCAAAACACAAAUAACACAUACAAUUACAAUCAUCAGUACAAAUAUUCUAACCGAAGUGAAAUAUCUAUAAACUUCAGAUUCUGAAUCUGAAAUAUUAACUAAGGUCACAUAUAAGAAAAUGCCACUUGACUUUGUGGGCAUAGCACAGGGUUCCUCAAUUAGUUUUACCACGGGCCAAAUUUUGCCAAUACAAAGCCAAUAGGGCUUCUAACCACAAUGUUUAAUGUGCUAUUCUUGUUGUUGUUUUGAUGCUGUUGUUUUUUAACAAACAAAAAAUAGAUUUCCAUGUAAACCAACUGUUCCUGCUCAUCCCCACACCAGAUAUACUCACAAUUUAAAAGUGGUUAGUGGGUCUCGCACUUGGAUAUCAUGGAGGGGUCUGAAAUUGUCAUUGUAGGUGCAUGUCUACUGUGAGAGACAUAAUCUAAAAAAAAUCCAGAAAUCACAAUCUAUUUAUUUGUAUGAUACAGCUGCAAAUAAAAAACAUGUGAUGCACAUAGGAUCACUCUACGUGCAGAACACAUAUUUUGAAAACACAAGCAACACACACGACACUCCGGACACUAAUUUUGAAUUUGCCCCACUCGGAUGAGCAGUCACGAGCCGCCGCUGCUGUCCUCAUGACCCAACAUCUCCCAAUAUUCACAAUCAGGCAAGCCCAAACUAAUAAUGCAUUGAUUGUUUAUGACAAAAUACCUUUGGUGUCUUUAAUGUGUAUACUUUUAUCAAAUUAAGUGUUUUAUAUCUUGCUGGAAUAGGAUAUGUAUAUGAUGCCUAAUACUUUUAAAAUAUUAAAAAAAUAUAUGAUUGAUUUCAUAAAAUUGAUGUCAUAAAAUGUUAUGAAUAAAACAAACAUCUUUCUUGGUGUAACAUAAUUAAA